AUGAAAGUGUCCAAGUUGGACUUUAAAAUUCUUGGUUGUACAGGAUAUGAUGAGCAACAUCCUCCAUCUGAGUUGCAUAUCGACAAGCACACACCAACAGCUGUGGGCUGGCAGAGUGAAAGGUUUUGUCUGUUUCCGCAAGAAUUAGUAUUGCAUUUGACUGUUGGACAAUCUCGAAUUUGCAAGAUUCAACUGCUUGCUCAUCAUUUCAAGAUUCCAACUCGUGUAGAAGUCCAUCUGGCUACAGUUCCACAAUUAACUGCAUGGGGAGGAUUCGGCCCAGGAUUUUUAGAAUCUGUCAAGUAUCAUCGUCUAGGAUUUGUAUCCUUGGAUGACAAUGUGGCAAAUGGAUAUCGAGCUCGUGAAUUAAAGUCUAUCCAUUUGGAUGGAAAUGCUAAUCUGAUCAAACUUGUGCUGCACAAAUGUCAUAUUGGUUUAGUAGCAAUCAAUAUUCUUGGAGCUGGCGUUGAGCCUGAAACUACAUAUCGUAUCCCUUCACGACUGGACAUGGAUAACAGUGACUCAGCUUCAAAUAGACUAUCCAAAGUUGUGUUGAAAGGGAUCACUGACAAGUCGUCUAUAGAUGCUCAAACAUCUCGCGAUAAAGAUUUAUCAUUUUCUGUAGAAUACGACAGACAAAUAUCCAAUAUUCUGUCACAACUUCAAAAUGCCAAAGAGCAAGCCGUGCGAGUGGAGCAGUAUACUACUGCAAGGAAAAUGAAGCAACUCUAUACCGUAUUUCUUGAGGUAAGCAUGGUCAAGUUUAAUAGCAGUAAUACAAAUGAACUAAACAAUGGUCUCUAUAUUUCUACCUCAAAUCUGAAGGGUGGGAAUGAGAUCUCGCGCUUGUCUUUUAAGAAGCGCCAUGCUGUUCAAGUAGAGGACUUUGACACUGCUGAAAAAUACCAAUGCAAGGAAAAUGAUAUCAGGACUGCCCUCUAUAAAAAUUUAACAGAGGCUGGAUAUGAAAUUGCUAAUGGAAAUAUAACGGAGAUAUUGACGGCAGAAAUUACAACAGUUAAAAAAAAGCCACCAUCACCGCCAAUCUCACCAAAAAAAUUGGCCAAUAUGCAUUCUCAGGAGCAGCGUAGACAUACUAACAGUCCAGAUACUCGGGAAAAAUCUCGCCUUGGAAAUCAAUUGCAUUAUCCAUCUUCAACUAUGAGUUUUGUGAACUCUGAGGAAUUUGAAAGCAAAAAGCUACUGCAUGUAGAUUCAAAUUUGGACACCAGUAAACCAUCAGUAUCAUCUCCACCACUUCCUGUUUCAAAACAAUUAGCAAAAAUGCAGCAAACACAAGACCAAAGACAACCAAUUAUGCCACCUGAUUCUUCUAUUUCUGCAAACCAAAAUUUUGAAUUAUCUACUACAGAUACUGUGAAUCUGCCAUUGUCUCAUUUAUCCAGGAGCAAGAGCGCAUUGUCAUCAAAACACAGUUCUCAAUUGAAUGAUCAAAUUCACGAUUCUUUUGGAAGCCAAACUCUAGACGCAUUUUCAGAUGAGAUGGCUGAUCCCGAGCCUAUCAAUACAAAUCAGGAAAUACAGUUUGCACUUCCCCUGCAGGAGUUUGGAAUUACACUAGUUUCAAAAAUAUUAAGUCGUCAAUUUCGACAUCGAGAAAGCGGUCUUAAUGAUUUAAUGAUGUUCAUCACCCACUUGGAUGAUGUCGAUACCAUUGCACUAGAAACGAUCAGAGCGGGAUUUCAACUACUUACAAAGGUUCUCUGCGAUACUCGAGAGCGUACUAGUAUUUUAGCUUUGACUGUGUUUUCCAAGUUUAUGGAAAAAGCAAUAAUGCAUGAUAAAAGCCAUUCAUCAAUGGUUGCUGCGCUUGAGGAAAACAUGUUCGCUACUUUACUAUUUCGUGCUGGAGAUUCAAACGUUCGUAUAAAAAAAAGUUGUUUAGAUGUUAUUCAUCAAUGCAUUAGUUCAUAUCAUACUGCUGGACACGAAAGCAAUAGUUUAGGAUCAAUUGUGCCUGCACUUGUUAAACCUUCUAGCAUCAAUGGAAAGUCGACGCUAGUUCAUCAUCGCCACAUCAAAACUCGAUUGGAUAUCAUUUUAAACGUGUUGCAGCUUUAUGGAGUGGAUGAUGGAUCCAGUCGAAAUCUUGCCAAUGAAAAGAUUGGACUGUCUUUUAAAGAAGUUUUACAAUUUACCAUACCGUAUCUAGAGCACGUCAAUAGUGAUGUGCGAGACGCAGCCAGCACAGUCGUAGCGACUUUAGGUUUACAGGUUGGAUCAGAUUAUGUAUUGAAACAUUUGAAGGGUAUCCGAGAUCAGCAAGUGCAGCAUAUAAAAAGUAAAAUGAGCUCGUAUCAAUACAAAGGUGAUCAACAUAGUUACUCAGUUAAAGCAGCCAAAUCUCAAAAGCAUGCGUCAUUGCCACUAGAUUCGGCAGUUUCAACACAUAAAAGCAACAUUGCCCGUGAAGAGUCUGAUCAAUCACUUCAUGAAUACAUUCCAUUUGACAAGCGGUGUAUAUUUUGCAACGAGUCAAAUUCGAAUUUUACAGAGGAAGCACUUGAGCGGCAUUAUUGGGAAUCAUGUCCAUUGUUGACUAAAUGUCCAAGAUGUGGUUUGAUUACAGAGGUGCCAGCAUUGACAGAACAUUUAUUCAAGGAUUGUGAAUAUGCUAGUACCAUGCGACAAUGCAGUCGAUGCAAAACAGCAGUGCCUGAAACUCAUCUCAAGCUGCAUAUGAGCAAGAAACAAUGUCCAGGCAUUGUAUAA